AUGAGUACUAAACAGAAGCUUAACCGAUUUCUGAAAGCCUUGGACGCUGCCAAACAAGAUUACACCUGUGGUUAUUGUAAAGAAAUGUGUGUAAAUCCAGCGGUUCUAAGUUCCUGUUUUCAUAUUAUUUGUUCAGAACACUUUCCAAGUCUAAACCUAUGUCCGACUUGCGGAAUACCUUUGCUGAACUGUUCUCUAUACGUUGACGAACAAUUGGAAAACUGCAUUCAGUCUACUAAGCAACUUGAUAAUAUGUUUCAAGCUAUCAAAUCUGGUUCUAGCCAGUCAAAUACAAGACAGUCGAAAGAAAAUGUGUCGAGAAGCGAAAUUUCCGAAGAAAAUAACGAAAACAAAACCAACAAGAUAGAAGUUCGCAAAAAUGUGUCCCGACAAAAUUCUAAAACCGAUGUCAAUAUGUCAUUAUUAUCUACGGUUAGUUCUAGUAAAGGAAAGGAAAAAAAGAACACCAAAGGUGAGACCUGCCUCCAUGUAGCCUGUAGGCAAGGAAAGAUAAGUACAGUUAUGGAUUUGUUAAACACAGGUGCAAAUACAAAUACUAAAGAUCAUGCGGGCUGGACACCGUUACACGAAGUUGUUCAAAGUGGCCGUUUAGAUAUGGUUAAACUUCUUUUACAGCAUAACACAUUAAUUAAUGUACCAGGGCCCAGCAAUGAGACACCAUUACAUGAAGCUGUCCGAUACAAGCAUAAAGAUAUAGCAGCGGAACUAGUUAGAAAUGGUGCUAACAUAGAUGCGAGAAAUAACAAGAGUGAAACUCCGCUACAGUUAGCUUCAGAAGAAAUGAAAAUAGUUUUACUUGAGGCUAUGGAAGACAUACAACAAACACAGGGUAAUAAUGUAACACAUAUAGCUGAUAUGCAGGCUGAACUUGAUUUUGAAGAUAUAAGACUGUACAGUGCAUCAAACUGUCGGAGUAUUGCAAAUAAGUUGAAGUUGUUGGAAAAGAAACAUGACAAUUUGCAUUUAGAAGCAAAAUUCACUAAAAAAGUGAACGUCUUAGUAGUAGACACAGAAGAAAACGGUACUUGUGUAUCAAGUGUCGACGUUUUGCAGGGAAUUGUUUAUGAAAUAUGGAUUUUAUCAAGCCAGUGGGUGACAAAAUCGACACAAGAAAGGCUAGAGCCCUUAAAAGAUUACGAAGUUAAAGGUAUCGGGCAUCAUAAUUCGAAUGGGCCUAAAAACGCUAGAUACAAUAAAUAUAAGCAACUUCCCGGUUUAUUUGACGGCUGUCACUUUUACCUGCACAAUUUUGUAACUAAAUAUGAGAUCUCUAAAACUCUGGUUCUAACUAAGCAGAUUUUAACAAAAUUAAUAACAGAUGCUGAUGGCGUUGUUCUGCGUCGGGUUCCAAAUCCAGAGUUGAUUCCGGAUGCUGAGAAGGUAGUUCCCAGUCAUGCCAAGGAAGGCGGGAAGCUAGAAACUUGCUCCCAUUAUAUAAUAUUUAAAGAUAAGUAUGAACCUAUGUAUAAUAUGUCACAUAUUAAGGCUUUGCCCCUCGGUUGGCUUAUAGACUGUAUCGAGAAGUAUGAACUGUGUGAUCCGUAA